CCCGCGACCGAUGCACCGUAAGCGCCGAUAUUCACGCGACCCCUGUAUGAAGGACGUAUUACAAGAGCACGAAUAUCCUCCGGUUGUAAUGUGGCUAUAAAAAAAACGUCCAUCAUUCGAUCGUGAGAUGGAUUUGCUCGCUCUGAGAGGAGAAAUACCUUUGGUCGGUCUGACACGAGGCGCCUUUUGUGUUGUUUUUGUCGGGACGUUUGUGUUGAUGUUGCAGCUUGCAGCAUGCUAACUGCGCUAAAGUGCUGAUCUGCAGCGCUACUGCCUUUAAACACCACUCAGUGUCUAACAAGAGCUUUAUCUGGCACUGAUAACUGACAUGACACGUGUGGGUUUAAUCUACGCUUCACUUUCUACAUGAUGUAAAGCUUUGUUUCGGGAUUUUUACGCUUUGGUCACUGAGACCUUCAACACCAGGGUUUGGGCUUCGAGUCGCCUCUAAAGCUACAGGAGAACAUCUGUAGUAUAUGGCGAAUAUUCUCUGUGACACCAAACCGCAUCUUUGUGUAGGGACCUGCUACAGAAACACACCACAAAAUCCUAUAAAACCUUCUUCAGAAUGUCCUCCAUGGACCGUGGAGACCUGGAUGAAGGUCCAGGUGUCAAGCCUUCUUCUAAUAUGAUUGAGGAUUCUCUCCAGGCGCAGAAAUCAAAAAGCCUCCCUACGCUUAACGAAACUAAAGGGCCUGACAAUCCGGGUGAAGAAGGUAAAACACCGGUGUCAGCUGCGGAGGGCAGCUCCAGCUCCAAGCCCGAGGGGUCCUGCGGUGUGUCCGCGAGGAGCCGCCGCGUCUCCGCGCUGAUGCCCCCGCGGCUCGCCCGCGUGUCCCUGAGGCGCUACUGGAGCGUGUUGUUUUCUGACUCACGUUGUUUUUUAUUCUAUAUGUGUUACCUCACAUUCAUUCAGUCGCUCAUGGUAUCCGGUUACCUCAGCAGCGUUAUCACCACUAUAGAAAAGCGCUACAGUCUUCGUAGUUCAGAAUCUGGUCUACUGGUCAGCUGUUUUGACAUAGGGAGUCUCCUCAUUGUCGUCUUCAUCAGCUACUUCGGUGGACGCGGCCGGAGGCCACGUUGGCUUGCCAUAGGCGGAAUGGUCAUUGCUGUGGGUGCUGCACUAUUUUCUCUCCCUCACUUCAUCUCUCCACCUUAUCAGCUAGAGCAGUUGAACACCACAGGACGGGGGGAAGGGCUCUGCACCGUUACCAAUAGCAGUAAGAGGGACGGGCCUGAGGCAUGUCCACGGGACCAGGAAGACAGUGAGCAUGCUCUGUAUGUGGCGCUGUUUAUUUGUGCUCAGAUUCUGAUUGGCAUGGGAUCGACGCCCAUCUACACCCUUGGACCCACCUACCUGGAUGAUAAUGUGAAAAAAGAGAAUGCAUCGCUUUACUUGGCAAUCAUGUAUGUAAUGGGAGCUCUAGGUCCAGCUGCCGGCUACCUGCUGGGUGGAGUUCUGAUUGGAUUUUAUGUGGACCCAAACACUGCUGUGAACAUUGACCAGAAUGACCCCCGUUUUGUAGGAAACUGGUGGAGUGGGUUUCUUUUCUGUGCUGUGGCCAUGCUGCUAGUGAUAUUCCCCAUGUUUGCCUUUCCAAAAAAGCUUCCCCCUCGCCAGAAAAAGAGCAACAGGAAGAAAAAGUGUGUGGGGGACCUGCCAAGUGAUGAUGAGGUGAUGAAAGAGAAGAGCCAAGGCGUCUCUUCCUCCAUUGGCUUUGGAAAAGACAUCAAAGAUUUGCCCAAGGCAGCCCUUCGUAUCCUGAGCAAUGUGACAUUUUUGUUUGUCAGCUUGUCAUACACAGCAGAGUGUGCCAUUGUUACAGCCUUCAUCACUUUCAUCCCUAAGUUCAUUGAAUCUCAAUUUGGGGUUCCAGCAUCUAGUGCCAGUAUCUAUACAGGUUUGGUAAUUGUGCCCAGUGCUGGUGUUGGAAUAGUACUGGGAGGAUAUAUUAUUAAGAAGCUGAAAUUAGGAGCAAGAGAGUCAGCCAAACUGGCCAUGAUCUGUAGUGGAGUGUCUCUGCUCUGUUUCUCUACACUCUUCAUUGUUGGCUGUGAGAGCAUUAAUCUAGGAGGAAUCAACAUACCCUACACUACUGGGCCCACAUUGACUCUGUCCCAUCGGAACCUAACAGGGGGCUGUAAUGUUAACUGUGGCUGCCGGAUUCAUGAGUACGCUCCUGUAUGUGGUUCUGAUGGAAUUACGUACUUUAACCCCUGUCUGGCUGGCUGCAGUGGUGUCUCCAAUCACAGCACAGGAAUCAGGAAUUAUUCAGACUGUGCUUGUGUACAAAGCAAACAGGUAAUCACUCCAUCUGGAGGGAAUCACGAGUUGCAAGUGGUCAUCGUGAAGACGUAUCUGAACGAGAAUGGCUAUGCGCUUGCUGGCAAGUGUGAGCGCACCUGUGGGACGCUCAUAACCUUCCUCAUCUUCCUCUUCAUUGUCACCCUCAUAACUGCCUGUGCACAGCCUUCGGCCAUCAUAGUCACCCUGAGGUCUGUUGAAGAGCAGGAGAGACCAUUUGCUUUGGGAAUGCAGUUUGUUCUUCUUAGAACUCUUGCCUAUAUCCCGACUCCGAUAUAUUUUGGUGCUGUGAUUGACACCACCUGUAUGCUCUGGCAGCAGGACUGUGGUGUUCAUGGAUCCUGUUGGGAGUAUGAUGUGACAUCACUGCGGUUCGUCUACUUUGGCUUGGCAGCCAGCCUCAAGUUUCUAGGCUUCUUCUUCAUCUUCCUUACAUGGUAUUCACUGAAGCGGCGUGAUGAGCAGGGACACCUACAUACACAUCCUGUAUCCCCACUGGACACAGUGAGCCAGUUGAUGUGCCAUGCAGGAUGGCAAAAAGGUCAUGCUCGCACACGCUCCUGCCCUGUCUUCCUACCCCGCCCCAUUGAACACUGCCAUGCUGCUGCAAUGUCAACUGGACCUGCUCUAAGCCGUGGCAGCAGUUGCCCCAGCAAUGGCCUGAAAGCAAUAACCUUGCCCAUCAGGUCUCUGGAGAAAGUAGUAAUAUGAGAGAUUAGUGUAGAUACACACACAUUCACACACCCAAAUGCAUAGACAGGGCAUACCUGAAAAUCAAGUGGAGUCUCCAGCUCCUCAAUGCCACUGCUGGUGCCUUUUUGCCCUCCAGAAAUACACUUCAAUAAAUAGAAUUUGUAAAGUAUUGGAUUUAAUACCUCAAUGGAAUUGGUACCUCUCUUAUUCUUACACAUUUACAUAGACUCUUUGUCCUCCACAUGGUCUGUAUGAUCUCUAUGUCCUUGUUAUACAUAUACAAAAAAAUGUUGCCAAUAUUGAACCGUUUGUCCAUCUUGUCCAGCACACACACAAACACACACACACCCACAAAGACAAGUUCACCACCCUAUACUGGUUACUUUUUUCUGUCAGUAGUGUGACAAGAAACUAAGAAGAUUCUGUAGGCAUUUGCACACUUGUCUGUCAUCCCACUGAUUGCCCACUUGCUUGGUAGCUUGAAUGAAGUGAUUUGAUUAAACAUUAUCAGAAAGGAAGAAUGGGUAGAAAGGAGGAAUGGGUAUGCAAUCGAAGCUGAAUCAUGCAUUAUGCAAACUUUUCUCUCCUUCCUAAACUAAGCCUAUCAGUUAAACCCAAUAGGAAAAUGCUACAAUACCUUUCACGUCCAGUGAAUGUUUGCAAGAUGCAAAAGUAUUAAUUACACUGUCGCUGUUCUUCUUUACUGAAGAACUUUUUGUCUCUUACACUUAAAGUAACUCAUGGCAAAUUUUGAUGUCCAAAUUAAAGAUAUUUUAAUUAAAACACAAAACAAUGUUGGUGUCAUGUUUUUUUAAAGCUGUAAGUACUAGGUCUAGGUCCUGCAGAAAUGGUAACUUGAGGUAGUGGCUCAGCUUAACAAAAUUGCAAGCUAGACUGAAGUCU